CUCUGUAGAGCAGACAUGUCAGAGCCGAUGGGAGGUGUCAGAGGGAGAAAAGUAUGGCCACCCUUGGAAGCUGAUUGGACGGAUGGGGGGAAACAGAUGAUUGCGGCUGGUGAAGUGCGUCGAAAUUCCGCCGACAUCUAGUGUAGGCUAUAUCUGUGCAGAGAAAAGGUCUAGGUGAAUAACAGCGUGGAAGGCGGUCCAGCAGCGGAAGGGACGAAAUUUACGCCUCGGAGGUCUUCGGUUAUGGCCACUGCCUGCUCAGAAUCCAGUUAGGGCUGUAGUUAACCGCAUUUAGGCCCUUCGCUCCCCGUCGUCUCGCGGUUGCGAUUACCGAAUUUCACCAGCUCGCUGGCUGACGUCUCUCCGUCGUCUCGCCGUGUUGAACGGGACUCGCCUGCGGACUGGACUCGACUGGCGGUGGCUAGCGCAGACUAUCGAGGUAGUACGGUACUACUACGAGUAGCAGGAGCCUAAGCUGGUAGUAGUUAAUCGCCGUCCAUUGUAGCAAGCGCCGUCGAUGGCCACCUAUUAGAACACACGUUCGCAUCGCCGGCUGACCGCAGUAGUAGGCACAUCAGCUUCCGUCUACCGCCGCGGCCAGGAUCAACUUCUACCUACGCCGCCGCUGCCGUCGUCUACGCAAGUUCCGCAGUAUGACCGCAUCCGAUGCGUGGCAUACACGCGAUGUCACGCACCCGACCAUGUCGUUCACACACGCUGCCACGCCCCUACUAGGCAAGCGGAAGCCUCAGAGCAGUCAUCCCGAGCGGCACCGCCUGCUGCUGUGGCUGCUGGCACCGCUGCUCGUCGUCGCAGCGACGGUCGCCGGGCUGUCGCACUGGAGCUGCUCGUGCGACAGGAGCGACCUCACGGUGCUCAACGGCCGCGCGCUGCUCAAAGCGUCGCAGAAGAUCGCAGAGCUCUGGAAGGCGAGCGGCGAGAAGGGCGACCUGAGCGGGUAUCUGGCAGUGGGUAGUAGCGAGGACGCGUAUGUCGGGGACGGAGUUGGGUCGGGCGAGGUGGAUCCGUGGCGGUGCGAGGACGGCGGCGGGGGGUGGGGCGAUUGCGGUGGUGCGGCUGCUGUGAUGCUCGCUGAGGGCUCCCUGUCCGCGCGCGUGCGCGCGGUGUGUGCGGCGUACGCAGUGACGGCUCUCACCAGCAUGCCCAUCCUCUCCCUCUGGCCCUCCGACCGCCACAUGCCCUCCACGCGCUUCUCGCACCUCUUCUCCGCGUCGUCCCCUCCCACCAACGCCAGCAGCAGCACCAGCAGCAGCAGCAGCAGCAGCAGGGGGGACGCGGACGGGCGGGGAGUGAGCGGGGGGAAGGGCGGGGUGUGGGUGAGGGAUCUACCGGUGGCCAGUGAGAGGGUGCGGCGGCAGCUCGCCUCGGGGCUAUCUCGGAAGGUGCUGCUGAGGCCGUGCGCGGCGUCCAAGGCAACCACGCAGGAGCUCCUCCCCUACGACCUCUUCCUCGCGCCCCACCGUGCUGCUGCCGCCGCUGCUGCUGAAGCAGCAGCAGCAGCGGGGGAGGGCGCGAGCGCGUUGCUACGGGGGCCUUCAGGGGCGGGGUCGGUGGCGGCAGUGGUGGUGGAUGCGUGUGCGUUUGAGCGCCGGGUGGACGAGUGCCUUGGGCUGCUGGAGCCGUCUCCGUUUGUAGCAUCGCUCGUUCUCAAAGAGGAUGUGCACACCAUCGCCAACUCUACCGCCUUCUAUGUUGAUCCCCUCGGCCCCUCAGGUUGCUCUGGCUGCUACAUAGAGUCGGAAUUCUCCCCCCCUCUAUGCGCCAUGCGCCGCAUUGCCAUGGCCUACCUGGCGGACCGCUCGGUGUCCUUCACCCUUGCCGCCCGCAACCCUGCGCACGUGCCCCAAGUCACCAAGUACUUUGACCCCCUCCGGUCGCCCGUUGUGCUCAAGGCCACCCAAUCACGCGUCGCCACGUGUCAGCUUGAAGAGGAGGUGGAGGUGGAGGAGGGGGGGGAGGAGGGAGAGAGAAGAAAGGAGGUGGUGGUGAUAGGGGAGGAGGAGGAUGUGGUUGGGGGGGAGACGGUGAGGGAAGGUGGGGAGGUGAUGGGUCAGGGGGGCGAGAGGAGGGACGGAGAAGGAAGGAUGGCAAGGAGAGUGAUGAGAGUCGUUCGGAAAUUGGACGUGCCAGAUGAGGUUCUCAUGCGGUGCCAUCAGCUGCAGGCGUCGGAGCUCUUCUCUCUGAGCCUCGCGGGCGGGGUGAUGGCGGUCAACAGCAGCGCCCUCGAGCCGCGCUUCAUUGCCGCCCAGGCGGCCGCCAGGCGGUCGCCGCGGUUCCGCGUGCAUGAGUCGGUGUGCGAGCGGCGUGAGAUCCGGCCGUUCACCAAGCAGAAGUGGAGCAUGUUCACCAUGGUGGAAGAGAAGCUAAAGCUAUUCAUCUGCACGGUCCCCAAGGUGGCGGCCAACUCGUGGCUCAUGUGGCUGCGGGCCAUGCUGGGGCAGCCGCACCCGGAGGACCCGCUGCUGGCGCUGGACGACGACCGCGCGGGCUGGCACAUGCUGCACGUGCAUUUCACCGAGCAGAGAGCGGUGCAGCUGAUGACCCGCCCUGACUUCUUCCGCUUCACCUUUGUGCGCAACCCCUUCUCACGAGUGCUCUCCGCGUACAACAACAAGCUGGUCGUCACCGACGCGCCCGGCAACAAGACCGGCCCGGGCUCGCGCGAGUACUGGAACAAUGUGUGUACUGUCCCUCCUUCCCCUUCCCGGCAACAAGACCAGCCGGGGUUGAAAGGAGUACUGGAACAAUGUGUGUGAGCCUGAGCGCCUACCACCGUUGCUUGCUCCACCCUUGCUAGCUCCACCCGUGUGUACUGCCCUCCUCCUUCCUGUCCGGCAUCACCGACGCGCCCGGCAACAAGACCAGCCAGGGCUGAAAGGAGUACUGGAACCAUGUUGAUGGCAGAGAGGAAGGGAGGGAUGCGUUUGAGAGGG